AUGUCUGCAGCAACAACACCUAGAAUUGCAGCACUUCAGCCUGCAGCUGUCUAUGUCAAGUCUGCCACUUGUUUGUCGAAUGAAGCUGCCGCUAAGUUUCUUGCUGCAUACAUUGAAACCUCUAAGGAUCUGAUCAAUGUCGCAGCCAACACUGCUUUGCGUUCUGAAAAUGCGGUAGCAGCAGCGGCAGCGGCAGCUGCCUCCUCUGCAGUCCCAUCAGCAGCUAAAAAUGGGUUUGUGGAUGUAUUGGCUGCCGAGAUGGCUCAAAAUGAGAAAAUUAUUGCACAACUUCAACGAGUCGAGCGCACUCUGCAUAAUUACUCAGAGUCUGCCACACCUGUUGUUUUCGAGUCUACAACUACUUCUUCAGUGACCACUCAGAAAAUCUCAGCUGAUGAGCCGGCAGAUGAUGCGGAGAUCAGCAAAGAAGAGCGCAAGCGUCUUAAGAAGGAACGCAAGAAAGCUGAACGCAAAUCUAAAUUAGCUAAAAACGAGGCAGCUGCUGCCGAGUAA